CCCGUCGCUAUGUUGUACUAUAUAACACAAAUUAUGAAGCAAUACAAAUCAAGGAAAUUGAUAACCUAACAAUCUUAUCAUGGUAUCGGAGCUAGCAGCCUAGCAAACCCUAUCAUCUCAAAAUUUUUGUUUUUCCUCGUCUAUUACUUUCAUUCCUUUCAAACGCCGUUUCCAGUAGAGUUUGAAGCUUCACCAGCGUUGAUUGCUAACAAAUUCUCAUGGACAACGACGGUAAAAUCGAUCCCGCGUCUCCGUAUUACCUAAGUUCUGGAGAUCAACCGGGGCUUAUUAUCACCCAUGUAUUGUUACGGGGUGGUAUUAACUACAUGGCAUGGGCUAGGGCUAUGCAGCUCUCGCUACAAUCGCGCCGAAAAUUUGUGUUUGUUGAUGGAACAAUCACACAACCUAUGGAGAAGAAGAAGCAACUCGACUGGGUAACGGUUAAUUCUAUGCUCGUCUCAUGGAUGUUGAAGGGCAUGGAGCCCAAGAUUGCUACUUCUAUUCCCUAUCAUGACAAUGCUAAGAAAUUGUGGGAUUACUUAGCCAAGAAAUAUGGUAUUGCAAAUGGUCCUCGUCUGCAGCAGCUACGUGGUGAGAUUGUUGCGUGCAAGCAAGUCAAGGGGAUGACAAUUGAAGAAUACUACACGACUUUGACGGGUUUGUAUGACGAUUUGGUGCAAUUCAAGCCUUUACGCUCUUGUGAAUGUGGUAACUGCUCCUGUAAUAUGGUUGGGAAAUUGCAAGAGGACAGAGAUGAGGAGAUCUUGCAUCAGUUUUUAAUUGGGGUAGAUGAUGAUCUCUAUGCAACGGUACGUACGAACCUCUUAUCCAGGACUCCUUUGCCAACAUUAGAUGAAGCCUACCUAGCAUUUGAGCAAGAAGAACGCUCAAGGGGAAUUGCUUUGUCCAAUGCUGCGAAAGAACAAGUUCACACGCAAUCUAUCUUUGCGUUACAGGCCGAGCAACGUCCCAAGGCUCGCUAUGAGAGGUCCGACAAAUCCCAACUGAACUGCACUCAUUGCAAGCGCAAUGGACAUGACAACAGUACGUGUUUCAAGCUUCACGGAUACCCGGAGUGGUACGAUGAGAUGAAGCAACGUCGUGCAAAGGCUGGGUCGUCUACAGGUGGUGUUGUGCCCGUGACGGCAGCUCGCAGUCGCGGAGGUAUACCCGCGAGAGCUAAUGCAAUUUCUACUACCAAUGUAGGGGAGAGUAAUGCUUUGGGCGUGACUGAGAGUGGUAAUGUUACCACUUUCGCUGAUUAUACUCCUGAGCAAGUAAGGACAAUCAUUAAUAUGCUCAACAGUACCUCCCUCAACAAUAAAAACUCCAACAAUAAUAAUGCACAGUUGGACAAAAUGACAGGACCAACGUUCGGGGAGCCUGAUUGGAGCCGGUGAACGGAAAGAUGGACUCUAUUAUUUUCGGGAAGUUCCUACAGUGUGUGCGGUGACCGUUCCUGGAGUGUCUACAUUUGAGCUAUGGCAUCGUCGU